GACUGUAAAGCCAUGCUGCGUGUGUUUAUUCUGUGUGCAGAGCGUCUCCACACUCCGGACGAUGACAUCAGCGACGCCUACUGCAGCGUCACGUAUGAAGGGUCCAAGAAGAAGACAAAGGUCAUCAAAAACAACCCCAACCCUGUUUGGAACGAAGGUUUUGAAUGGGAUCUGAAGGGGGUUCCUCUGGACUCUGCAGCGGAGAUCCAUUGUGUCGUCAAAGACCAUGAGAAAAUGGGACGAAACAGGUUCUUGGGGGAAUGCUGGUUGGCUCUCAGAGACGUCCUCAACUCUCCUAACUUGGCCGCCACCUUCACCAUGUCUUUGUUGGACACCAAGAGGAACAACACGGGGGCCACCCUGACCCUGCAGAUCUCCUACAUCCCUCCUCCAGGAUCAGCUCCAAUCUUCCAGCCGCCCCCCCAGCCAGAGUCCCUGCCCCAUAUCAACCCCAGUGUGGAACUGGACACCGUUACAAUGAUUUCUCUGGACACUUUCUGCGAGGAAGAUACCGAGAGUAUGAUAAUGGUGGAGCCUGCAGAGGAACCGGGGCCUGAUGACAGUCGUUCCAUGGUGAUUGUUGGUCCUCAGGGGCCUCCUGGACAGGAGUCUCCCACCGCACAUACACCCAAACGCUCACCACCGGCCUACAACGCCCACGGUGGACUGAAGAAGAGGAGGAGAGGCUCGGGCAGUCAGCCCAAACCUCUGCCCAACAAACCUCAGGACAUACAGGUCCGUGUGCGUGUCAUCGAGGCGAGACAGUUACCAGGCAUCAACAUCAAACCCGUCGUCAAGGUAACCGUCGCUGGACAAUCCAAGAGGACUCGCAUUCGAAAAGGCACCAACCCGGUGUUUGAUGAGACGUUCUUCCUGAACUUUUUUGAAAGUCCCUCUGACCUGUUUGACGAACCGAUCUUCAUCACUGUUUGUGACUCUCGCUCCCUGAGAACUGAUGCAAUCAUUGGUGAAUUCAAGCUGGAUGUGGGCACCGUAUACAAUGAGCACAGACACUGUUUCUUGAGGAAAUGGUUGCUGCUGUGUGACCCCGAUGACCUAUCUGCUGGGGUUAAAGGUUACCUGAAGGUCAGCUUGUUCGUAUUGGCAGCUGGAGAUGAGCCACCGGCGGAUAAACGUGAGUGCGUUGAAGAAAAGGAGGACAUUGAGGGAAACCUGCUGAGACCUGCCGGUCUUUCUCUGAGAGGAGCCGUCUUUUCUCUGAGGAUCUUCAGAGCUGAAGACCUGCCACAAAUGGACGACGCCUUUAUGGACGGGAUGAGGCGGAUCCUCGGGUAUGAUUCUAACAGGAAGAACUUGGUGGAUCCAAUGGUGGAAAUCCACUUUGCUGGCAAAACGGUCUGCACCAAAAUUUUGGAGAAAAACGCCAAUCCACAGUGGAACCAGAACUUGGCGAUGCCCAUUAGAUUUCCCUCCAUGUGUGAGAAGAUGAGGAUUCGAAUUCUCGACUGGGAUAGAGCCAGUCAUAAUGACGUCAUCGGCACUACUCACCUCUGCGUGUCCAAGAUCUCUGCCCCAGGAGGAGAAAUAGAUGAUGACAUGAGUCCUCGGAGCGUCCACUCUGGCAUCGAUGACAGUCUUGGUUUCCUGCCGACGUUUGGUCCAUGUUUCAUCAACCUGUAUGGGAGCCCCAGAGAGUUCACCGCCUUCAACGACCCUCAUGAGGCUCUAAACCUCGGAAAAGGGGAAGGCGUGGCAUACCGAGGAAGAGUUUUACUCCAACUGACCACGAAGCUGGUGGACAAGCUGGAGCAGAAAUCUGAAGACAUCCCUUCAGACGAUCUGCUGGUGGUGGAGAAGUUUCUGAGGAAGAGGAAGUUUUCUCUCUUCGUAGCGUUUUACUCGGCCACGCUCCUCCAGGACGUCGACGAUGCUAUCCAGUUUGAGGUCAGCAUUGGUAACUACGGCAACAAGUUCGACUACACCUGCCUCCCUCUGGCCUCCACCACGCAGUUCAGCCGCGCCGUGUUCGACGGCUGUCAUUACUACUACCUGCCGUGGGGAAACAUCAAGCCGGUGGUGGUUCUGUCCUCUGAGUGGGAAGAUAUCCGUCCGAGGAUUGAGGCUCUCAACAUGCUGCUGACCAUCAUUGACCACCUGGAGGCAAACCUGCGUCGGGUGCAGCUGGAAGUGAAGACCAGCAGCGAUCUGGACGAGGUGGAGCUGCGUGUGGUCGAGCUCUUGGAUCAGCUGAUCGCAGACUGCAGUGAGGAGCUGCCCUCCUUGGAGCAGUGGCAGUGUGCGACUCCUCUGGACCGCUCUCUGAGACACAUUCGAAGCCUCCACCUGCAACAGAUCGUAGCCGCAGCUCUGGCUCUGAAACACGGGCCUGAAACCGAGCUCUCCACGGUUCUGGAGCAGGCCGAGGACUGGGCCAACAGACUCAAGAACAUGGCUGAGGAGCCCCAGAACAGUCUUCCAGAUAUCGUGAUCUGGAUGCUGCAGGGUGACCGCCGGGUGGCAUACCACCGAAUCCCGGCGCACACCGUCCUCUUCUCUCAGGAACAUUGUGGGAAACACUGCGGACAGCUGCAGAACGUCUUCCUCAAGUGCCCGCAGGGCAGCGGAGGAGAAGCCAAACUUCCCGGUCAGCUGAGGGUGAAAGUUUGGUUCGGAUUGGCCGCGGACGCCAAACACUUCAACCAAUACGCCGAAGGAAAACUGUCCGUCUUUGCCGAGACGUAUGAGAACCAGACUCGGCUCGCCCUGGUCGGGAGCUGGGGAACGACGGGGCUAACGUAUCCCAAGUUCAGCGACGUCACCGGAAGAGUGAAGCUGCCCAAAGAGAGUUUCAAACCCUCACCUGGAUGGAACUGGGCUGGAGACUGGUUCAUCAGCCCCGAGAGGACGCUGCUGUUUGACGCAGACGCCGGUCACAUGACCUUCACAGAGGAGGUGUUUGAAAACCAGAUGAGGUUGCUGGGCGGACAGUGGAUCGGCAUGCCCGAGGGCUACACCGAUGUGAACGGAGAGAAAGCGGUGCCGAAAGACGAGGUGGAGUGUCCUCCGGGCUGGGCGUGGGAGGAGGUGGAGUGGAGCGAAGACUUCAACAGAGCUGUCGACGAUCAAGGUUGGGAGUACGGCAUCACCAUCCCUCCAGACCGCCGGCCCAAGGCCUGGGUUCCUGCGGAGAAGAUGUACCACACCAACCGGAGGAGACGGUGGAUUCGGAUGAGACGACGGGACCAGCAGAAGAUGGAAGCUCUCAGGAAGCAGCGCCCGAACGAGGCGGACCGGGAGGGCUGGGAGUACGCCUCGCUGUUCGGCUGGAACUUCCACCUGAAGCCCCGGAAGACCGACAGCUUCAGGAGGCGCAGGUGGAGGUGCCGCAUGGAGCCGCUGGAGAAGACCGGACCGGCGGCCAUCUUUGCUCUGGAGUGCUCUCUGAGCAGCGUAGAGGACAAACACGACGACAAGUCGGUCACGACCACUUUUGGUGUCAACAGACCAACAAUUUCCUGUUUCUUUGACCAGGCCACCCGGUACCACCUGCGCUGCUACAUGUAUCAAGCCCGAGACCUGCUGGCCAUGGACAAAGACAGCUUCUCAGACCCCUACGCCAUCGUGUCCUUCCUCCAUCAGUCCCAGAGGACGGUGACCGUCCGCAACACCCUCAAUCCCACCUGGGACCAGACGCUCAUCUUCUACGAGGUGGAGAUCUUCGGGGACCCCGAGGCGACGAUGGCCAACCCACCCAACAUCGUGGUGGAGCUUUAUGACGAGGAUACUUACGGAGCGGAUGAGUUCAUGGGUCGCUGCGUGUGCCAGCCGUCCCUGAGUCCCUCGCCUCGACUCGCCUGGUUCCCAAUCCACAGAGGAGACAAGAGCGCCGGCGAUCUGUUGGCGGCCUUCGAGCUCAUACGCAGAGAAAAGCCAUCGGUUCACCACCUUCCAGGACUCGAGGGGGACUUUGUUGGGUCAACCCAAGUACUGGAUGAGUUGUUUCCAGGAUUCCUCUCUGAAAACCUGCAGCAGCAAUGGCCGGAGGAGUCGGACCUUCCAUACCCACCACCUCAGAAAGAGCCCAACGUCUUUAUGGUUCCUCAGGGAAUCAAACCGGUUCUGCAAAGAACAUCUUAGCGUGGGGUGUUCGAAGCCUUAAGAGCUUCCAGUUGGCGAGCGUUACGUCUCCGAGCUUGCAGGUGGAAUGUGGGGGCACCACAGUCCAGAGCUGUGUCAUCCGCAGCAUGAAGAAAAAGCCGAACUUCGACAUCAAUACACUUGUCCUUGAUGUGAGACUUCCCCGCGAGGAGCUCUACAUGCCGCCGAUUGUCAUCAAAGUCAUUGACAACCGUCAGUUUGGGAGGAAGCCCGUAGUCGGUCAGUGCACCAUCCGGUCGCUCGAGGAGUACCGUUGCGUUCUCGAGGAGGAGCAAGCGCAAGAUGAGGAGGAAGAGGUGGAGGAUGGAUGGAGACGUGAGACGCCCCAGUUCUCCACCAGCGAGGUCUUUAUUGACGUAGAUGAUCAGGAGCCGCUUGUUCCUGACCAGCUUGCAGAUGGAGCCAGUUCAGCUAUCAUUAACCUUUCAACCUCUACUUCCAGCCUUCAUGUGUUGCAGUGGGUGGAGGAGUCCAUUGACUGGUGGAGUAAGUUUUACGCAUCCGUCGGAGAUAACAACAAGUGUGGGACGUAUCUGGAGAAAGGCUUCGACACACUGAAGGUGUACGACCAGGAGCUGGAGAAGGUGGAGGGUUUUGAAGGUCUCUCUGAUUUCUGCCAAACGUUCAAACUGUUCAGAGGGAAAACUCAAGACGAAGGAGACGACCCAUCUGUGGUCGGAGAGUUCAAGGGCAUGUUUAAGAUCUACCCGCUGCCUGAUGACCCCUCGGCUCCCGCCCCCCACAGACGCUUCAGGAAGCUGCCCCCCAACGGCAUCGAGGAGUGUUUGGUUCGGGUCUACGUCGUCCAGGCUCAGGGCCUGCAGCCCAAAGACGCCAACGGGAAGUGCGACCCUUACGUGAAGAUCACUUUGGGGAAAAAGACCCUCAACGAUCAUGAAAGCUACGUCCCGUGCACUCUGGACCCCGUCUUCGGAAAGAUGUUCGAGCUCACCUGCUCCCUCCCUCUGGAGAAGGACCUGCGGGUGAUGCUCUACGACCACGACGUGCUCACCAAAGACGAGAAGAUCGGCGAGACCGUGAUCGACCUGGAGAACCGCUUCCUGUCCAAACACGGAGCCCUGUGCGGCCUGCCGCAGACCUACUGCGCGUCGGGGGUGAACCAGUGGCGGGACCAGCUGACGCCCAGGCAGCUGCUGAACAGACUGUGUGAGCGGCGAAACCUGAAGAAACCCGUGUAUGACGAGGACACGGUCUGCUUCAGAGGACAGAGAUACACGGCUGCAGACCUCGAGGACAAACAUGUGUCCAAACGUUACCUCGGCCCGAUUAAAGAGAGACUGUCCCUUCACAUAUUAAGGAAAAUGGGUCUGGUACCAGAACACGUAGAGACCAGAGCCCUUUACAGCCCUCUGCAGCCUGACAUCGAGCAGGGGCGGGUGAUGAUGUGGGUGGACCUUUUCCCCAAAUCUCUGGGACCACCUGGACCUCCGUUCAACGUCACACCACGCAAGGCCAGAAAGUUCCUCCUGCGCUGCAUCAUCUGGAACACCAGUGACGUCCUCCUGGACGACGUCAGCAUCAGCGGGGAGAAGAUGAGCGACAUCUACGUCAAAGGCUGGCUGGACGGGCACGAGCACAACAAGCAGAAGACGGACGUCCACUACCGCUCCCUGGGCGGAGAGGGAAACUUUAACUACAGGUUCCUGUUUCCCUUCCACUAUUUACCGGCAGAGCAGCUGUGUGUCGUCGACAAGAAGGAGCACUUCUGGAGUUUGGAUAAAGCCGAGACCAAACUGGUGCCUAAGCUGACCAUCCAGAUCUGGGACAACGACAAGUUCUCCUUUGACGACUACCUGGGCCACCUGGUGAUGGACCUGAACCACAUGCUGCGUCCAGCCAAGUCUCCAGAGAAAUGCACCCUUCAGCUUCUGGACCAGCCGGCGGACAAACUGGUGUCUCUGUUUGAGCAAAAGACGGUAAAAGGAUGGUGGCCCUGCACCUGCAACAUGAACGGCGAGAAGAUCAUUGCUGGGAAAGUGGAAAUGUCUCUGGAGAUCGUGACGGAGCAGGAGCAGGAGGAAAGACCAGCCGGCCUCGGCAGAGACGAGCCCAACAUGAACCCUCACCUGGAGGAACCUCAGCGACCGGAGACGUCCUUCCUGUGGUUUUCUUCUCCCUACAAAACCCUCAGGUUCAUUGUGUGGAGACGGUUCAAGUGGCUCAUCGUCCUCUUCAUCGUCCUCUUCUUCGUCGUCCUCUUUCUGGGUGUCUUCCUCUACGCCUUCCCGAACUACGCUGCCAUGAAGAUGGUUGGACCGUUUGGACCAGCCAAGUCUAACGAGUGAUGAAGAAGGAAGAAGUGAUGGAGGCUUUGGACUCUGUUUUCUUCAGAUCCGGUCGGACGUUUGGGUCUUUCAUGCUGGAAAAACGUUUCAGAGUUCAGCGCAUGCAUCCUCCGUCCUCAGAAAAACUCGUCCACAUGAUAAUCUGCAGUUUUUAAACUUUAAUGUUUAAAAUAAAAUAAACGUUUUUCUAUAAUUAUC